AUUGUAUAUCAGCUGUCAUUAUAUUUGAUUGGUAAAAUAUAGUAGUUUAUUAUAUUUUGUGAUUAAUUUAUAUUGUAAAAUAAUGUGAUAUUUGAUAUAAUUAUUUAAAGUUACGAAUAUAGAUAAUGUUUAAUGAAAAAGUUAUUUAUAUAAGUGAUAAGAUAAUUUUAUCUUCUAGUAAUGUCACUCGUUUAUCACCAAUGAAUUUUGUACAUUUUCUAAUUUACUAAAUUUAUAUACACCAAUGCAUUGUACAGAAACAAUUAAUAAUUAUUGCUGUUUUUAGUAAUGUUAAAUAUUCAUUCAAAUUUUAAUUAUAAUUAAUUUUGCGUGUAACACAUUUCAAUCAAGAUAUUAAAGUAGUGUAUAUAAAUGAACAGAGAGCACAAUGGAAUUAGAAUGGGUAGCAAAACCAGUGGAUUAUGGAUCUGUAAAAUAUGCUCGACUAGAAGAAGUAACUGAACAUCCUCUAAAACCAGUUACAGUUACUUUAAUCAAUGGACGUAGUGGAGUCAGAAGAAAUGUAUUACGAAGUACAAGCACUGGUUCUUCAACAGGAACCCCAACACCAACUCAUACACCUUUACCAACAAAUUUGUCUAUGGAUCCAUUAAUGAGCCAUUCUACUUUGGAUGGUUCUGAUCCACUAACCCAAUUUGCACGAGAAGAGUUAGAUCCUUUAUCUAAAAUGGCUGCGGAUGAGUGGGAUUACUCUUGCGUUACAGCAAUUCCUGGUAAAAAGCCUAGAGAUACUACGGAUGAAUUAGUCGAGCCAUGGUUGGCUAGACGCAAUGCUAUUUUAAGUAAAUAUACUACAUCGGAAAAAUUAUCGAUCGUUACUAGUUUUUUGUCAGGAGGAGAGAAAGUUCUGGUCAAAGUACAACCAAGUGGAACAAUGGUUGAUAAAGUACGAACAAGAUUAGAACAACUGGAUGAUUUUGAAGAAGGAUCAGUUAGACAAAUGUUAGAUUUGUCGCAGCAAGAGUACACUGCUAGGAUCGAACAAUUAAAUAAUGAAUUAGUACAAGCAUGGCAUUCCGAUCAAAGGGUUAAAGCAUUGAAAAUUGCGAUUCAAUGUGCUAAAUUAUUAGUGGAUACAUCUGUAAUGGCUUUUUAUCCUAGCAAAUUUGUAUUGAUCACAGAUAUUUUAGAUAUUUUUGGCAAACUUGUUUAUGAAAGAUUGAAAGUCAAAGCUGAAUAUUUCAAACCAGGGAGUAAAGUACCUACAAGCCUGCCCGAUAAUUUUACGCCAAGUAUGGUACCGGAAAAUGCAAAGGAAACGUGUCGAAACUGGUUUUAUAAAAUAGCAUCAAUAAGAGAAUUAGUUCCAAGACUUUACGUAGAAAUGGCAAUAAUAAAAUCUUAUAGUUUUUUAACAACGAGUGAAUUUCAUACAGCUCUGUUACGCAUAACUCGAAUGAUAAGAGGAAUUGGGAAUCCCUUGAUAGCUGUUUACGCUAGAUGUUACUUGUGCAGAGUUGGACUUGCAUUAAACAAAACCUCAGAUUUCGAAUUUGCAAAAGAAAAUCUUUACGAUUUUCUUUUUACAUAUCAUCAAUUGUUUGGACAAUCAGUAAAGCUCGAGUUAGCUAAACAAAAUAUGUCUUUGCAUUCAUAUUUAAAUCUUUAUCUACCUGCAUUAGAUUGGAUUUUACAAGUCCUGGUAGCAACAGCUUCGGAUAGCCUUUUAGAGGAAGUUCUUUCUCGAUGCAAACAACAGACCAAAAGUUCCUUAUUGCUAAACUCUAUAUUGACAGCAUUCAAACCAGUGUACAUCGCUGUGCGUGCUAUGGAUUUUGUUAAUUUAAUAGCAGAAAGUGAAGAUGAUGGAUAUCCACAGCAUUUAUUAUACAGAAGUUUAGGUGAGUGUCUCGUAAAAGAAUCUCCACCGAAAGAGGACUGUCAAGCUGUACUCCAAGUAAUAUGGAAAUAUAUCAGCGAACUCAAAGAUCCUACCAAAUUUAUGCAUUGCAUUGAAAUUUGGAUACAAUUCACAGUUCUCCACUUUUCUGUCAACGAAUUGAAUAUGUUUCUCGGACAAAUAAUCGAUCGUCUUAGUCCAAAUAGAAUCUUCGAGCAUUAUUAUUCGCAAUUGCAAACAGUUGUUGAAAAAAUAGUUGCUUAUACGCAAGAUUUUGAAUCCUUACUGGCUAUGGAUAAUUUCUUGCCAUUGAUAGAUUUGUUCCACAAAGAAAGUAUUAGAGUCGAAGUUUGUAAAACCAUCAUAGAAGGUUUAAGCAAUCAGAACAGUCCUAUUACAGAUCCAAUUAUUAUAAAUGCUCUGAUGUUUAUCGCUAGAAUAAUGCACGAUUCUGUUAGUGCUUUGACCGUCGAAGAUGAAAAACGUCAAAUAGGACAAUUAAUUUGUGGUUUAGUGCAACGAGUUGAUUAUGGUAGGGAUUUCGAAAAACAACUUAACUUUUAUGUCGAAGCUAGAGCAGCUUUUCCUAAUUUGGAUAGCGUUCAUAUUCAACUCAUACAGUGUGUUAAUAGAUUAGCUGUGGAUACAAGGAAAAUAAUACGUGGACAUCAUACUAGAAGGACUUCAGCUUUCGUACGUGCAUGUGCAGCAUUUUGUUUCAUAACCAUUCCGUCGUUAACUUUAGUACAUACUCGUUUACAAUUAUACUUGUUGUCAGGACAAGUAGCACUUUUGAACCAAUGUUUGGGUCAAGCCGAUGCUUGUUUCAAAGCAGCGUUAAGCUUGGUUCCGGAGAUGCCUAAAACGAUAGACAUUGAUGGGAGACAAAAAAAUUCACAACCAUAUCUGUUGUCAUAUCUAUCCAAUUUCCUGUCCACUUUAUUGGUCGUUCCGGACAGUCCAGAACAUGGUGUUUUAUAUUUAAUGAGAGGAUUGCUCAAUGCUGUUCAACGUUGUUGCGACGAAACUACCUCAACUAAAGCAUACUUAUAUUUACGUGUACUUGAUCUUCUUUCAACUGUAACACAAGAGAAUUAUCCCUAUCAUAUAGACAAGGUUGAUUCCAAUGAUAAACUUUAUGGAUCUGAUCAAAAGUUUCUCGGAGAAGUCAACAAAAUAUGUUCGAAAAUAAUGGAAGAAAUUUUGAAUCAUUUGAAAUACCUCGGAUCUAAUGAUCAAUUGGAUAAACAAUCUAUUCUCGCGUUAGAACUUUUCAAUCGUUUAAUUAUAAGAGCAGAUUUACGUCAACCUGCUUUAGCAAAUAUUGCUGUCAAUCUGUGGAAUUUAUCUCAACGGCAUGGUUCCGUUGAUUCUAAAGUUAAGAUAAAAACUAUAGCAUAUAUGAUGCAAAAAAUGCAUUGCCAGGAAUACGAACAUUUCGCCGAGAUUCUCAAAAAAAUGAAUAAAUAAAUAGA